AAUGUAUACUUGUUUAUCAGUUGUGAUGAUACUAAAUUAAUACUGGACAAUGUGUUCAUGGUACGUGGAUAUAUUCUUAAUAUUUUCACUUGUAUUUAAUGCUUCACUCGGUCAAUCUCUGGAACAAAGUGACUACGUUUCACCGCUACAUUCUGUUCUUCAGUUGCUGGACCAGUUUACCAAUUAUACGGAAGGAAAUAUUUGUUGCCUGAAUGGACAAUGGGAAUCAAAUAGUUUCUUAGAUUAUGGCGCAGCACUGAAUGUGCCUGACGCAACGUCUUUCUUUCAUUACAAUGGAACAGGGAAGAUUGCUUUUGACGUUGUUCAUAAGAAGUCAUACGUACAAUUCAAGAUCACAGCAUUUUCUCCUCAAAUACCUGUCUACUCACAGUUUACAACAACGACAAUUAAAGAUUUCAAUCUGGGUAUUAUGUAUGACAUUGAUGAUGAAGGUCAUUGUACAAAAGAGACUAUACCGAAAGAUAUCCAAGCUCUCUGUAUUCCAGCCGAGGCCAUUUAUCUGUCAAAGGGCCUUAUAGGAAAAGAAGUCAUUUCAACAUACCAGUUUUCUAAGUCCUACACGGGUACAAGGCAAAUUGUUACAGCAGCUGUUCUUCGCAUAGGUAAUACAUGUGAUCCAGUGAGAGUUUCUCAAUCUGUCAUUCAUUCAAAAGAUGUUACCCAUGGAACACUUCUAAAUCUAGACGUUAUGGACAUCAAACAAGGAAUCAGUGAUCCAUCCAUAUUUUUGCCUCCGCAAUCAUGUAACAGUAUCAAAUAAAAUGUUUGAAUAGGUUGCUGAGAUUUUACAUUGCCUACUUUUUGUUACCCUAAUUACAAGCCCUAUGUUUAUUUUCGAUUGUACAAGAUUCCACUGGACCCAAAA